AUGCCGUCGACAUGGCUGAUCACAGGCUCCUCGUCAGGCUUCGGAUUGGCGCUUGUCCGCUACAUCCUGUCGCAGGGCCACAACGUGAUCGCGACAUCCCGCAACCCGUCCAAGACUCCGGAGCUCGUUGAAGAGAUCACAUCCACAUCCGGCCGGGGCCGCUGGCUAGCACUGGACGUGACAUGGCCCAAGGCCGAGAUCGAGGCGGUGAUCGAGGAAGCGUGGACUGAAUUCGACGGCAUCGACGUGCUGGUGAACAACGCCGGCUACAGCGUGCUGGGCGCGGCCGAAGAGAUCCCGGAAGACCAAGCGAAGGCGCAGUUCGAGGUGAAUUUCUGGGGACUGGUGCGCACCAGCCAGGCCGUGCUGCCGCGCAUGCGGGCGCGCGGGACCGGCACGAUCGUCAACGUCUCCAGCAUCGCCGGGCUCGACGCUAUACCGACCUGCGCCAUCUACGCCGGCAGCAAGUUCGCCGUGGAGGCGUGGUCCGAGUCGCUCUCCAAGGAGCUCCAGCCGGUGGGGCUGAAAGUGCUGGUCGUCGAGCCGGGAGCGUUUCGCACGAAUUUCUUGACCAAGGAUGCGUCGCAGAUCGUGACGCCGGUAGCUGAGCCCUAUCGGCAGGAAAAGGGGCCCGUGCGAGCUGUGCUCGAUAAGUUCCGCGACUACGAUGGCCAGCAGAAGGGCGAUCCGGUCAAGGCUGCGCAGAGGAUCUUUGAGGCUGUGGUGGGAGCAGGGAUGGCGGGAAGUGUGGCUGAGAAGGGUCUGUUGAGGCUGCCGCUGGGCCCGGAUUGCUAUGCUAGAGCUGUCGAGAGUACGCGGUUGAGGAUGGAGAAUUUGGUGGCUCUCAAGGAUGUCGCUUUAAGUACUGACUUCUCAUCCUGA